AAGCGAACUGUCAAAGUCGUAGCUCUGGAAAAUGGAAACUGGGUCAGUUACUCUCGAAAUCUCGACCGCUUAGCCCAUCAUCUCUGCUUCGCAGUCCCACCACAUUCUAAUGGAUCACCCAAUAGCAUUCACCCACGUUAUCCCUUUGUCCUCAUAGUUGGACGGAGUAUCAUGGACGCCGACACAGGUGAUCCAAACCUCGUGGCGCAUAAACUCAAAUAAGAUGACUACUACCUCUUCUCUCUCUAGGCCACAACACAACAAUGGCACAGUGCACGUUCUCCCUCCCUCUCUUAAAACCCACUAAUCCCACUUCACAACACGAUAACAGCCAAGAUUUAACGCCAAUAAAUCAAACAGUUUCACUUUAAAUCUCAGUAAAUAUAUUAGAAAGAGAAACCGCAGCUAUGAGGGGGCAGGACAUCGAAAGCAGGGCGGUGAAGGGCUCAGCUGAAGACGCGUACGCGAUUGAAGAGAGAGAGAGGAACUGGAUAUCAUGGCUGGUUCCGGUUGUCGUGGCUGCCAACGUGGCGAUGUUCGUCGUGGUGAUGUAUUUCAAUAACUGUCCGAAGCGUAUCAGAAGCAGCGGCGAUGAUCACAAGUGCGUCGCCAGGUUUCUUGGCCGCUUUUCCUUUCAGCCUCUCGGAGAGAAUCCUCUGUUUGGCCCUUCUUCUUCCACGUUGGAGAGAUUUGGGGGUCUUAAUUGGGAUAAGGUAGUGCAUCAGCACCAAGGCUGGAGGCUUAUCUCAUGUAUCUGGUUACAUGCUGGUCUAAUACAUUUGCUUGCAAAUAUGCUGAGUCUCGUCUUCAUUGGUAUACGCCUUGAGCAGAAUUUUGGAUUUGUACGCAUCGGCAUAAUCUAUCUGUUAUCUGGAUUUGGUGGGAGUGUACUAUCUUCGUUGUUCAUACGGAACAGUAUCUCUGUUGGUGCAUCUGGUGCACUUUUUGGGCUUCUCGGAGCAAUGCUUUCAGAGUUGAUCACAAACUGGUCGAUAUAUACAAACAAGGUGGCUGCACUAUUGACGCUCAUAGUGAUAGUCGUGAUCAAUUUAGGCAUUGGGAUUCUUCCUUAUGUGGAUAACUUUGCUCAUAUUGGUGGAUUCCUGACCGGCAUUUUACUUGGCUUUAUCCUCCUCCCUCGUCCUCAAUUUGCGUGGUUAGCACGCCACAAUCCAGCAGCUGGGAUUCGUGGUGUGACGCCCAAAUAUAAGGGAUACCAGUACGUGCUGCUCGUUGUCUCUCUGGCACUGCUGAUUGUCGGGUUUAGCGUUGCAUUGGUGAUGCUGUUUCGAGGAGUGAAUGCGUAUGAGCGUUGCCAUUGGUGCCGCUACUUGAGCUGUGUCCCGACCUCUAAAUGGAACUGUGAUGCCACUUGAAAGCUGCAAUGUUAUGUUCAGAGUUUAGAUUGGGAUGAUAUAUAUAUAUUUAUGUGGUGUUUCUAUUCUAAUUGUUACUUUGUUUUGCAUAAUUGUUUCUGAGCGGUCUUUCCUACAUACAUAGAUUAGGUUGUUUGUAGAAAGCAUGCUUUUUUUCGAAUUUGAUUCAGUAAUAACUUUUUUAUCUCA